AUGACGGCAGAGCCGCCUCUGGAGCCGAAACUUGUGAAAGAGCAUGACACCUUGAAAUACUCCCUCUUGGGCCCCUCGCUCACCAAGUCAGGCCAGGACAACGUCUCCGAGAUAAUCUACAACGCGUCCAAAGGAUCCAAAUACUUCAACAACGAAGAGGCCCGAGACAAGAACCUCACUCAGAAAAUCGAGCGGAUCCUCGCGAAGAAAAAACAACUCGAGAAGCUAGACCUGGCCUCCGAUCGACGGAAAGCAGACGACUACAUUGCAGAACUAGAACUGUCGCGGGACUUGUCACAGGUUGUGGUGCAUAUCGACUGCGAUGCUUUCUACGCAGCUGUGGAGCAGCUCGAUCGGCCAGAACUCAAAGAUCUGCCCUUUUCGGUAGGGAAAGGCGUCCUCACGACAUGUAACUACCACGCCCGGAAGUUCGGGUGCCGGAGUGGGAUGGCUGGCUUCGUGGCGAAGAAGCUGUGCCCGCAGCUUAUCCAGAUCCCUCUGAACUUCGACAAGUACACGGCGAAAGCACAGGAGGUUCGCGAGAUCAUUGUUGAUUAUGACCCGCGAUUCGAGAGUGCGAGUAUCGACGAAGCAUAUCUCAACAUCACGGAAUAUUGUCAGAAGAACGACAUGAGCCCAGAGGAUGCCGUUCAGCAGCUGAGACGGGAAGUCCACGAAAAGACCAAGAUUACGAUAUCGGCGGGCAUCGCUGCAAAUGCGAAGUUGGCGAAAAUUUGCUCGAACCUGAACAAGCCCAAUGGACAAUUCCAGCUACCUAUUGAGCGGAGUGCUAUCAUGGCAUUCAUGCGAGAUCUGCCUACCCGAAAGGUCAAUGGUAUUGGUCGCGUGUUCGAAAGAGAGUUGGAUGCUGUUGGGAUCAAGACGUGUGGCGACAUCUAUACAUAUCGGCAAUACCUGUCGAAGCUGUUUGGAGAGAAGGCUUUUGGAUUUUUGAUGCAAUGCUAUCUGGGAUUAGGAAGGACCCGAAUCCAACCUGCAGAAGAUUAUGAGAGGAAAAGCGUGGGGACCGAGAGCACAUUCGGAGAGAUGUCCAAGCCAACCGAGCUUCGGGAGAGACUUCGAGCAACGGCCGAGGAGCUGGAGAAGGAUAUGAUCCGCACACAGUUCAAGGGACGCACGCUGUGCCUCAAAGUCAAGCUACACACGUACGAAGUAUUUACGCGUCAAGUAGUCCCGCCGAAAGCUGUCUACUUGGCAGAAGAUCUGUACAAUUACGGCGUUCCCAUGUUGAGCAAGCUAGAGCAGGAAUUUCCAGGCCUGCGGUUGCGCCUCAUGGGCCUCCGCUGCACGCAUCUGGUCAGCAUGAAGAAACCCGACACCAGGGCCUUCUUUGGCUUCAAAACGCGACCCGGUGAGCCAGCCGACAGCCCAUCAAACACCACCAAAAGAAGAGCAGAGGAGACCCUUCCAGGUGAUAGCGAGCAGUGGGAGGCUUGGCCCGACGAGCUCCUCUUUGAAGACGCCGAGCGCCAGGAACGCGAAGACGAGAUCCAAGAAUUGGAAAGCCUGAGCCAGGAACUGGAUAAGAGAAGGCACCACGGGAAAGAGAUCGUCCCGAAUCCGAAGAAGGAAGAUGAGCCCGGCGAGGAGUGGUGGGACUGUCCGAUUUGCAUGCGGCCGCAGGCUGCUCGCGAGAAGGAGUUCAACGAGCAUAUUGAUCUCUGUCUUUCGAGGCAGACAAUCAGGGACGCGGUGCACGAGACUUCGGAGACUCAGCCGAAGGAGCACACGCCAGCCGCGAAGAAGGCUAGAAUUGGGAAUGAUAAGGGGAGGGCUGGCGUGCCCGGAGAUCCUAAGCAAAGGCGUCUGAAUUUUGGAUGA